UUUGUGGGGUUUUUGGAGCUCAGUCGUUUUCUGGCUUUCAACGCUGUCGGUUGGCGAUUUUUCCGUGCAUUUUCCUUAGCCAUUUUUCAGUGUUGGUGUCGCGUUGUUUCGACGUCCGAGCUUGCUGCUUUGCAUUCGUACGCCCCCCCCUCGCCAGCCACGCCCCCUUCGCGCACAUAUGCGCAUGUAUACGUGUGUGUGUGCGUGUGGGCCCAUGCUGAAAGGCAGUAGAAACAGUUGAAAAGGCAGCAGCAGCAGCAGCAGCAGCAGCAAAGGCAGUAAAAGCAGUGAAAGCAGCAUGGCCCAAAUGGCGAGACGCGGGGCAAGGGGGUGCCAAAUGAAAAGCCCGUGGAAAGCCGUGCAUACUGAGUAAUGAUUUUCGUGCGAGUGUGUGAAAAUGAAAAUUGUUGUUUGCUGCGCAAGCUAAAUGAAAAUGAUCAAAUAAAUGCUUCGAAAUAAGUGCGAAAUGCUGAAACUAAAACGAAACUUCGAAUAGGAAAAAAAAAAAAUAAUAUCUAUAGAUGUACAUAUAUUUUAAAACCAGGAAAUCACAUAUAAAAUGCCAGCUUCCUGCCACACACACACACCCAUGCAAUCCGCACACACACACAGUACCAAGAAAAACUGAAACCUAAAUUUUGGUCCAUGAAUGAACUAACAUUCACACUCACAUCCACAGUCACAUCCACCCAUCACAUCACACACACAUGUGCAGCAUUUAGAGGCCUAUAAAAAAAGGCUAUUUUCGAAAGAUUUUUGCUGGCCAAAAAAAAAAAAAUAUAAAAGGAAAUAGAAAUAGAAAUAGAAAUAGGAACGUGCCGCGCAUUUGGAGGAACAGAAAAAGAUACAUAUAUAGAGCGAGAAAAUAAAAAAGAUACUCGUAUAAUUAAAAGAUAAAAAUUAAUAACGUAAACGAGGAGACAGGAAUAAGGAUACCAACAGAGAGAGAGAGAAAAUAAGAUAGAGAACGGAGAAAAGGAGGACGAGCAGUUAUUGAAAGUUGAGGGGCAACCAUCGGUGAUGUGGGACACAUCCCGGCACGGGCAAUGCAACAACCCCAACGUUAUAUACCGUCUGUAUCUGAUCUAUAUGGCACGGACGAGAUAGAACUGCUGCUGGACGAGAUACGGGAGUUGGAGCUGGAGCCGGUCUGCUGUCAGCUGGACGAUGAGCAGGACUUUGAGAUAGCUGGCAGCAGGGCCGGCGAGCUCUCCCACUCGCAUUCGCACUCGCUGUCCCUGGAAUCCCCACUGGGCACCUGCACCUCCUGGGACUCGCAUGCCAACUACAAGCAGAGGGGCGGCCACACCCCCCUGCCAUGGGGCGUCGCCCUUCACUGUGAUCCGCAACACUUGAAAUCGCCUACAGGGAUUGUGCGCAUACUAUUGGUGUUAUCCUCGGCCGCCUGUUUGGCCUGCGAAUGCUCCGCGGGCACCGUACAGGUGGGCCUCUUUCUACUGCCACUCAUCGGACGCCUGAGGCUGAUGGUCUUCUGCGCGCUCUUCUCGCUCCUCAUCACAUGUCUCAUGCUCUUUCUGGAUAUAUCGCAUAUAGCCCUAAUGUUCCCAUUCAAUUGGACAAAAGUGAAUACGUGGAUGUACCUGAGUAUUGGUUUGAUAUUUAUUUUGAGCUCCACGCUGCUUGUCCACAUGGUGCUCUAUGCCGUAGAAUACACAUGGGUAUCCAGGCAUUCCAAGGACACACUCCUGGCCACAGGCAUAAUUGGCUACAUGUGCGCCUUGGAGGCAUUUCUUUUGUCGGGCAUCGCAUCCUGGCCGUGGACUCAGUACCGUCAGGUGCCCGACGAUGCCAGCGAAUUGUUUAUCGAGGAUCGCGAGAUGACGCCGAUGAGUCCCAUUAACUGUAGCACCGAUCUGCAGACGACGCCAUAUCACCAUAAUGGCAAUGCAACAUCAUCGGAUCUAUAUAACCAACAACAACAACAAUCGUCCUAUAAUCAAAAGCCUUAUAUACCUGCCAAACGACCCAAUGAGCUCAACAAUCAGCGUCCAGCGUUGGGUCACACACAAACCGCACGGUCGAAACCCAAUCAGCGCUACAGAGAGGGCUACCACUAUCACACAUCCCGCCAGAGUCCCACUUUCGUGCUGGGCAAUGAUCAGGGUGGUCCAUCCACGUCCCGUUCCAAUGAUAAUUCUAGUGCGUGAUAGUUUUUAAUUCCUCAGCCAGAAGAUCAACGAUGAGAACAUUAAAU